AGAGUGGGUAUGUUUAUACCAGCUUUCAUCACCUACACCGAGCUUCCAACUUCUGCCUAUAACUCGAAUUCCCACUAAAUAAUAAUUAUAAAAUAAAACAAAAAGAGGACGCUCGCUUUGGUACAUCAUGGCUGUUUACGCGUUUUAUAUCUUUAGUAGAAAAAAUGAAUGUGUUUUUGCGCAUCGCUGGAAACCAGCAGACGCAAAUUCUAUGGAAACAUUGGUGUCUCAACUGGAGUCUACUGCCUUUGAAGACGACGUUGAGAAGUUGAUAUUCGGUGUAAUCUUUUCUCUACGAAAUCUGGUACGCAAAGUCUCCAAUGGUGCAGACGAGUUUCUAUCAUACACCACGAGUCAGUACAAGCUUCAUUUUUACGAGACGCCGACAAAUCUACGUUUGGUCUUUAUUACAAGUCCAAGAGUCGAACCUUUGACCCAUGUUUUACACCAAAUUUACGCGACUCUAUACAUUGAAUUUGUCGUUAAGCAUCCUCUCUAUACCCAGGUACCUCCUCCGUUAGAGAAAGGUGGAAUAAAUUGCGAGAUGUUUCGCAUUACACUAGACAAAUUUGUACGCACACUAAGGUAUGUUAUAUUUGAUUAA